GUGCCUUCUCCCCUCGGGCGAGAUGGCGGCGAGGAGUGCAGUCCCGGGGAGCGAGUGAGGCGGGCGGCUGCGAGCUGGGGCUGCGGGCCCCGCGCCCAACGGAGACAGCUGCCCUGUGGGGGCUGGGUCCGUGCAGCGCUUGGGAAGAAAGCUGGGGCCGCCCGUAGGUCGCCGCAGGAAUGUGGAACUGGGGAGACGGGGCAGGGACCGGCCCUCGCCGGUGAAGAGGGGAGCGGUCGCCGAGCCCGCCCCGCGUAUGCGCGCCCUUCGGCCGCCGCUUCAGGCCGCCCGUGGGGGUCCGCUCCGUGGGGCCGCGGCGGGACGCGUCGAGGAGCCGCGGCGGCGCUGCCGGGCGGGCGGAGCGAGGCAGACAGGUCUGAGGGUAGCCCAGGAUGGCCGCAGCUUCUUAUGAUCAGUUGUUAAAGCAAGUUGAGGCAUUAAAGAUGGAGAACUCCAACCUUCGACAAGAGCUAGAGGACAACUCAAAUCACCUAACCAAACUGGAAACGGAGGCAUCUAACAUGAAGGAGGUGCUGAAACAGCUACAAGGAAGUAUUGAAGAUGAGGGAAUGGCAUCGUCUGGACAAAUUGACUUAUUGGAACGACUUAAAGAACUGAACCUGGAGAGUACCAGCUUUCCUGGAGUGAAGUUAAGGCCAAAGGUGUCUGUGCGCUCAUUUGGGAGCCGGGAAGGGUCUGUGUCAAGCCGUUCAGGAGAGUGCAGUCCUGUUCCCAUGGGAUCAUUUCCAAGAAGAGGAUUUAUGAAUGGAAGCAGAGAAAGCACUGGUUAUUUAGAAGAGCUAGAAAAAGAGAGAUCUCUUUUGCUUGCGGAACUUGAGAAGGAAGAGAAAGAAAAGGACUGGUAUUACGCCCAGCUUCAGAACCUUACUAAAAGGAUUGACAGUCUCCCUCUUACUGAAAAUUUCUCCUUGCAAACAGAUAUGACCAGAAGGCAGCUGGAGUAUGAAGCAAGGCAGAUCAGAGCUGCAAUGGAAGAACAGUUGGGUACAUGUCAGGAUAUGGAAAAGCGAGCACAGGUGAGGGUGGCAAGAAUUCAGCAGAUAGAGAAGGAUAUUCUUCGUAUACGACAGCUCCUGCAAUCACAAGCAGCAGAAGCAGAGAGAGCACCUCAAGGCAAGCAUGAUGCAGGUUCCCAUGAUACAGAGAGGCAGAGCGAAGGUCAAGGAGCACCAGAAAUCAGUAUGUCAGCGAGCAAUACUGGUCAGGGUUCUGCUGCUCGAAUGGACCAUGAGACAGCCAGUGUUAUGAGCUCUAGUAAUAACUACUCUGUACCUCGCAGACUGACAAGUCAUCUGGGUACCAAGGUAACCGAAGAUUACAAACCACAGGUGGAAAUGGUGUACUCAUUGUUAUCAAUGCUUGGUACUCAUGAUAAAGAUGACAUGUCAAGAACAUUGCUAGCAAUGUCCAGCUCCCAAGACAGCUGCAUAGCUAUGCGUCAGUCUGGAUGUCUUCCUCUCCUCAUCCAGCUUUUACAUGGCAACGAUAAAGACUCUGUCUUGUUAGGGAACUCUCGUGGUAGUAAGGAGGCCCGUGCCAGAGCCAGUGCAGCGCUGCAUAACAUCAUUCACUCCCAGCCUGAUGACAAGCGAGGCAGACGGGAAAUCCGCGUGCUCCAUCUUUUGGAGCAGAUCCGUGCUUACUGUGAAACGUGUUGGGAAUGGCAGGAAGCACAUGAACAAGGCAUGGACCAAGACAAAAACCCAAUGCCUGCACCAGUUGAUCAUCAGAUCUGUCCUGCUGUAUGCGUUUUAAUGAAACUUUCAUUUGAUGAAGAACACAGGCAUGCUAUGAAUGAGCUUGGAGGUUUGCAAGCCAUUGCUGAACUGCUGCAAGUAGACUGUGAAAUGUAUGGACUUACAAAUGACCAUUAUAGUGUUACAUUGAGGAGGUAUGCUGGAAUGGCUCUGACAAACCUGACUUUUGGAGAUGUAGCAAACAAGGCUACAUUAUGUUCGAUGAAGGGCUGCAUGAGAGCUCUUGUAGCCCAACUGAAGUCUGAAAGUGAAGACUUACAGCAGGUCAUUGCAAGUGUGUUGAGGAACUUGUCCUGGCGUGCAGAUGUAAACAGUAAAAAGACACUACGAGAAGUUGGGAGUGUGAAAGCACUGAUGGAAUGUGCUUUAGAAGUUAAGAAGGAGUCAACCCUAAAAAGUGUCUUGAGUGCCUUAUGGAAUCUGUCGGCACAUUGUACUGAGAACAAAGCUGAUAUAUGUGCCGUUGAUGGUGCUCUUGCAUUUCUAGUUGGUACACUGACAUACCGGAGCCAAACAAAUACUCUUGCCAUCAUUGAAAGUGGAGGAGGAAUAUUAAGAAAUGUUUCUAGCUUAAUUGCUACUAAUGAGGACCACAGGCAAAUCUUGCGAGAGAACAGUUGCUUACAAACGUUGUUACAACACUUGAAGUCACACAGCUUGACAAUAGUCAGUAACGCAUGUGGAACCCUGUGGAAUCUUUCUGCACGAAAUGCAAAGGAUCAGGAGGCACUGUGGGACAUGGGAGCAGUCAGCAUGCUCAAAAAUCUCAUUCACUCGAAACACAAAAUGAUAGCAAUGGGCAGUGCUGCAGCUCUAAGAAACCUCAUGGCAAACAGGCCAGCAAAGUAUAAGGAUGCUAACAUUAUGUCUCCAGGAUCAAGCUUGCCAUCUCUUCAUGUUAGAAAACAAAAGGCACUGGAAGCAGAAUUAGAUGCGCAACAUUUAUCAGAGACUUUUGACAAUAUUGAUAAUUUAAGCCCAAAAGCAUCUCAUCGUAAUAAGCAGAGACAUAAGCAGAAUAUAUACAGUGAGUAUGUUUUGGACUCUAGUCGUCAUGAUGAUGGGGUAUGCAGAACAGAGAGUUUUAAUACUGGUAACAUGACUGUACUUUCUCCAUAUUUAAAUUCUACAGUAUUGCCUGGCUCCUCGUCUUCUAGUAGAGGAAACAUAGAAAAUUGUCUAUCUGAGAAAGACAGAAGUCUUGAUAGAGAUCGAGGAGUAGGUUUAAAUGCCUACCACCCAGCUACAGAGAACAGUGGAAGCUCCUCUAAGAGAAUAGGAAUGCAGAUUUCUACAGCUGCAGCUCAAAUUGCCAAGGUUAUGGAAGAAGUGACAAGCAUGCAUAUUCCACAGGAAGACAGAAGUUCCAGUUCUGCUUCUGAAAUGCACUGUUUGACAGAAGACAGAAAUGCCACAAGGAGAGCAGCCACUGCCCAUACUCACUCAAAUACAUACUUUGCAAAAUCUGAGAACUCAAGCAGGCCGUGUCCUGUGCCUUACACAAAAAUGGAAUACAAGAGAGCAUCAAAUGACAGCUUAAAUAGCGUCAGCAGCAGUGAUGGCUAUGGUAAAAGAGGCCAAAUGAAACCUUCAAUUGAAUCUUACUCUGAGGACGAUGAAAGUAAAUUUUGUAGUUAUGGGCAGUAUCCAGCUGACUUGGCACAUAAGAUACAUAGUGCAAAUCACAUGGAUGACAACGAUGGAGAACUAGACACUCCUAUUAACUAUAGUCUUAAAUAUUCAGAUGAACAGCUAAAUUCUGGAAGGCAGAGUCCUUCUCAGAAUGAAAGAUGGGCAAGGCCUAAGCAUAUAAUAGAUGAUGAAUUGAAACAAAAUGACCAAAGGCAGUCAAGGAGCCAAAGUUCAACCUACCCUGUGUACACUGAAAGUGGGGAUGAUCAACACAUGAAAUAUCAGUCACCUUUUGGACAGCAAGAUUGUGUUCCUUCAUUUAGAUCAAGAGGAUCCAAUGGUUCAGAUCAGAAUAGAGUAGGGUCAGCACUUGGAAUCAAUCAGAAAGUAAAUCAGUCUUUGUGCCAGGUAGAUGAUUAUGAUGAUGAUAAGCCAACCAACUACAGUGAACGCUAUUCUGAGGAGGAACAGCAUGAGGAGGAAGACAGACCAACCAAUUACAGCAUAAAGUACAAUGAAGAGGAACAUCAUGUUGAUCAGCCCAUUGACUACAGUCUCAAGUAUUCAACAGAAGUUCCUUCCUCUUCUCAGAAGCCAUCUUUUGCUUUUUCAAAGACUUCUUCAGUGCAGAGCACUAAAACUGACCAUAUUUCCUCAAGCAGUGGGAACACAUCAGCCCCUUCAGCAGGUUCAAAGAGGCAGAAUCAGCUUCACCCAAGUUCUGCACAGAGCAGAGGUGGUCAUGCUCAAAAGACUGCUUCCUGUAAGACUCCUUCUAUUAACCAGGAAACUAUACAGACUUACUGUGUGGAAGAUACACCAAUAUGUUUUUCAAGGUGUAGCUCUUUGUCGUCUUUGUCGUCAGCUGAAGAUGAAAUAGGACGUGAUCAAUCCACGCGAGUGACUGAUACUACUAAUACACUACAGAUAGCAGAACUGAAAGAAAACAGUGGGGCUCUAUCUGCAGAAGCUGCAGUGAGUGAAAUCACAUCAACAUCACAACAUAUCAGAACAAAGUCCAGUAGACUUCCAACUUCCAGUUUAUCGCCUUCUGAUUCCUCCAGACAUAAAGCUGUUGAAUUUUCUUCAGGUGCCAAAUCUCCCUCAAAGAGUGGUGCACAGACUCCUAAAAGCCCACCAGAACAUUAUGUACAGGAAACUCCUCUCAUGUUCAGCAGAUGUACCUCUGUAAGUUCCCUGGAUAGUUUUGAAAGCCGUUCAAUUGCUAGUUCAGUUCAAAGUGAGCCUUGCAGUGGAAUGGUGAGUGGUAUUAUAAGUCCAAGUGAUCUUCCAGACAGCCCAGGACAAACAAUGCCUCCAAGCAGAAGUAAAACACCACCCCCUGCUCAAGGAGUUCAAGUGAAAAGAGAUGUAGCUAAAGGUAAAGUACCUAGUACAGAAAAGAGAGAGCCUGGUCCUAGGCAAGCAGCAGUAAAUGCAGCUGUUCAGAGAGUUCAAGUACUGCCAGAUGCUGAUACACUACUGCAUUUUGCCACAGAAAGUACACCAGAUGGGUUUUCUUGCUCUUCUAGCCUGAGUGCUCUGAGUCUUGAUGAGCCAUUUAUACAGAAAGAUGUAGAGUUAAGAAUAAUGCCUCCUGUACAUGAAAAUGAACAUGGAAAUGAAGCAGAACCUGAACAGUCAGAUGAUACAAAGGAUAAUCAAGAGAAUAAAGCAGAGAAGCCUUCUGAAGCAGAAAAAGACAUUCUGGAUGAUUCUGAUGAUGAUGAUAUCGAAAUACUGGAAGAAUGUAUUAUUUCUGCAAUGCCUACAAAGUCUUCACGUAAAGCCAAAAAGCCUUCUCAAGCAUCUGCUCCAAAAAUACCUCCUCCUGUAGCCAGAAAGCCAAGCCAGCUGCCAGUUUACAAACUUAUGCCUUCCCAAAGCCGAUUGCAAUCCCAAAAGCAUGUGAGUUUUACACCAGGAGAUGAUAUGCCACGAGUAUAUUGUGUUGAGGGUACACCAAUAAAUUUUUCAACAGCUACAUCUCUGAGCGAUCUUACAAUAGAAUCACCACCAAAUGAGUUGGCCAAUGUAGACAGCGUGGGUACAGGGGCAGAGUCAGGGGAAUUUGAAAAGAGGGACACUAUUCCUACAGAAGGUAGAAGUACAGAUGACUCUCAGAGAGCAAAAAGCAUAACUGUGACUGGCCCAGGACUGGAUGAUGACAAAACAGAAGAGGGUGAUAUUCUGGCUGAGUGCAUUAACUCAGCUAUGCCAAAAGGGAAAAGUCACAAACCUUUUAGAGUGAAGAAAAUAAUGGAUCAAAUACAACAAGCAUCUACAUCUCUAAAUAAUAAAAAUCAAUCAGAAGGUGAGAAAAAGAAGCCAACAUCACCAGUAAAGCCUGUUCCCCAAAACAGUGAAUAUAGAGCACGUGUAAGGAAAAACACAGAGUCUAAAAGCCAAAUUAAUAAUGAAAGAAGCUAUCCAGAGAACAGAGAUGCAAAGAAACAGAAUCUUAAAAAUAAUUCUAGAGAUUUUAAUGACAAACUUCCAAAUAAUGAAGAGCGUGUAAGAGGAAGCUUUACAUUUGAUUCCCCUCAUCAUUACACACCUAUUGAGGGAACUCCGUAUUGUUUUUCACGCAAUGAUUCCUUAAGUUCUUUGGAUUUUGAUGAUGAUGAUGUUGACCUUUCAAGGGAAAAGGCAGAAUUAAGAAAAGAAGCAAAGGAAAUAGAAACUAAGGACUGCCCUAACGCAGAACAGCCUUCAAGUCAGCAACCAAGUAAUAGGACACAAGUUUGCCAAAAACACCCAGCAAGCAGAAGCCAAUCUAAAACUUUCUGUCAGCCAAAUAAAGAUAUUCCAGACAGAGGGGCAGCUACAGAUGAGAAGAUGCAGAACUUUGCUAUUGAAAACACACCUGUUUGUUUUUCUCGCAAUUCAUCUCUUAGUUCCCUUAGUGAUAUUGAUCAAGAAAACAAUAACAACAAAGAAGGAGAACCAGUAAAGCGAACUGAGGCUCCUGAUUCGCAGAUAGAGUCAAACAGACCACAGACUUCUGGUUAUGCUCCUAAAUCAUUUCAUGUUGAAGAUACACCAGUAUGUUUCUCUAGAAAUAGCUCUCUGAGUUCUCUAAGUAUUGACUCGGAAGAUGAUCUUUUGCAGGAAUGCAUUAGUUCUGCCAUGCCUAAAAAGAAAAAGCCAUCAAGAAUGAAGAGUGAAAGUGAGAAAAGUAAUUCCAGAAACAUAGGUGGUAUGUUGGCAGAAGAUUUAACACUGGAUUUAAGAGAGAUACAGAGGCCAGAUUCAGAACAUGGUUUCUCACCUGAUUCAGAGAACUUUGAUUGGAAAGCUAUACAGGAAGGUGCAAAUUCUAUUGUUAGUAGCCUGCAUCAAGCUGCAGCUGCUGCAUCACUAUCCAGACAAGCUUCAUCAGACUCUGAUUCUAUCCUUUCAUUAAAAUCUGGUAUUUCUCUGGGAUCACCAUUCCAUCUUACCCCAGACCAAGAAGAGAAACCUUUUACUAGUAAUAAAGGGCCACGAAUUCUUAAGCCAGGAGAGAAAAGUACACUGGAAUCUAAAAAAGUAGAAUCCGAAAGUAAGGGAAUCAAAGGAGGGAAAAGAGUAUAUAAAAGUAUAAUUACAGGAAAAGCUCGCUCCAAUUCAGAAGUUUCAAGCCAGUUAAAGCAACCACAGCAAACAAGUGUGCCUUCAAUUUCACGUGGCAGGACAAUGAUUCAUAUUCCAGGAGUUCGAAAUAGUUCUUCAAGCACCAGUCCUGUUUCCAAAAAAGGCCCCCCAUUCAAAAACACAAAUUCCAAGAGUCCCAGUGAAGGCCAAAGUUCAGCUAGCUCCCCAAGAGGAGUCAAGUCAUCAGUAAAACCUGAACCAGCUCCUGUAACUAGGCAGCUGUCAGGGUUGAACCAGGCUGGAUCAAGUAAAGGACCUUCUAGAUCAGGAUCUAGAGACUCCACUCCUUCUAGACCUCAACAGCAGCCAUUGAGCAGGCCUCUGCAAUCUCCAGGCCGAAACUCAAUCUCUCCAGGAAGAAAUGGUAUAAGUCCUCCCAACAAACUGUCUCAGUUGCCAAGAACAUCAUCUCCUAGCACAGCUUCAACUAAAUCUUCAAGUUCAGGUAGGAUGUCAUAUACAUCACCAGGCAGGCAGAUGAGCCAGCAAAACCUUACGAAGCAAACUGCCUUAACUAAGAAUAGCAGUAGCAUUCCAAGAAGUGAGUCUGCUUCCAAAGGACUGAACCAAAUUCUCAGUAGUGGUGCAUCAAACAAAAAGACUGACUUAUCCAGAAUGUCAUCAGCAAAAUCUAGCGGAAGUGAAUCUGACAGAUCUGAGAGGCCUGUUCUUGUUCGCCAGUCAACUUUUAUUAAAGAAGCUCCAAGUCCGACUCUAAGACGUAAAUUGGAAGAGUCUGCUUCAUUUGAAUCUCUUUCUCCUUCCAGACCAGAUUCUCCCACAAGGUCCCAGCUACAGACUCCAGUUUUAAGUCCCUCACUUCCUGAUAUGUCUUUAUCCACUCACUCAACUGCCCAAACUAGUGGCUGGAGAAAACUACCCCCUAAUCUGAGCCCUUCUGUAGAAUAUGAUGGGAGACCUGCAAAACGUCAUGAUAUAGCACGUUCUCAUUCUGAGAGUCCAUCUAGAUUGCCAAUCAACAGGUCAGGAACAUGGAAACGUGAACAUAGUAAGCAUUCCUCAUCACUUCCUCGUGUAAGCACUUGGAGAAGAACUGGAAGUUCUUCCUCAAUUCUGUCAGCUUCUUCAGAAUCCAGUGAAAAGGCAAAAAGUGAAGAUGAAAAGCAACAUGGAAGUUCUCUCUCUGGACAGAAGCAAAGUAAAGAAAACCAAGCACCAGCAAAAGGUACUUGGAGAAAAAUAAAAGAAAAUGAAAUCCCCCAAAUAAUGAAUGAUCCUCAACAUCCUUCCUCGAGUGCCACAAGUAGCUCUGAUUCCAAAACACUAAUCUAUCAGAUGGCACCAGCUGUCUCUAAGACUGAGGAUGUUUGGGUGAGGAUUGAGGACUGCCCAAUUAACAAUCCUCGAUCUGGAAGGUCCCCAACUGGAAAUACUCCUCCUGUUAUUGACAGUGUUUCAGAGAAGGGGGUUGUGAAUGGCAAAGAUUCUAAAGAGAUUCAAGAAAAACAAAUUCCAGGGAAUGGAAGUGUUCCUGUUCGUACCAUUGGUUUAGAAAAUCGUCUGAACUCUUUCUUUCAGAUGGACAGUCCAGACAAGAAAGGCAGUGAAACAAAACCUCUGCAGACCAAUCCUGUUCCUGCACCUGAAAGUAACGAAAGUACUGUGAGUGAGCGUACACCAUUCAGUUCCAGUAGUUCAAGCAAACAUAGCUCUCCGAUUGGUGCUGUUGCAGCGAGAGUAACUCCUUUCAAUUACAAUCCAAGCCGUAGGAAGAGUAGUGUGGACAAUAGUUCUGCUCGGCCAUCGCAGAUACCCACACCAGUAAAUAACAGCACAAAGAAACGUGACUCAAAGUCUGAAAAUACAGACUCCAGUGGAACUCAGAGUCCCAAACGUCAUUCUGGCUCUUACCUGGUGACUUCUGUUUAAAUACAUCAAAAACUAAAACUGAUGUAUUAAAUGCAGCAGCUACUUAGAAGUUUUGUUUCAAAUGAAACUUCAAAUGAUGGGGAUUGAUUUUUUUGUUUGUUUGUUUGUUUGUUUUUGUAAAUAGGUUUGAUUCUUGUUAGAGAGUCCUUGUUCUGGAAGCCAUAUUUGAUAGUAUACUUUGUCUUCACUGGUAAUAUUUUGGAGGAAAAAUGUGAUCGACAGUUUGAAAUAAAAUUGCUAAUGCAAGUAUAUUUGUACAGUAUGUUUAACAUGUAUUUAAUUAGCAUCCCAUCCCAUAACCCUUUAAAUAUUGCUUGUCUUGAAAUCAUUGAACAUUGCAUAUAGAGAAGAUGGAGUCAUACUGCUUUAUCAAUCAUUUCUAGACUACAGACUGACUAAACUACAUCAGGGAAGAACUGGUAUUAUUUAUGCAAAAAAAUAUACUCAGUUUUAGCAUUUGUGAGUCCAUCUAACCCAAUAAUUAAUCAUGUGGCUGUGAAAUUCACAGUAAUAUGGUUUCUGCUGAACAAGCAUUCCCAGCCUGCUUUUCUGCAUGAAUGGAACUGAUGGUUAUUUUCUGAAGUAAUGAUAACAUUUGUGGUCACAUAAUGUGCAUAGAUAGGUAUGGUGUAACGAUUUACACUUUCUUUAUGCCCUGGGGAAAAGGGGGGGGGAAAAAAAAAAAAACGAAAAAAAAAUAGAAAAAAAGAAAACUGUGUAACUGUAAAACCUUGAGCGAAAUUAUUUCACCUGAACUAGAUUUCAUCUUCAAGUAGGUAGGUUUUGGGUUUUUUUUUCUUUUUUUGCUAUGCUGUAACUUGUUGUAUAUUCUGGUAUUUGAGGUGAGAUGGCUGCUCUUUAUUAAUGAGACAUGGGUGAUGUCUCAACAGAGACUAAAAUGAACAUUUCAGAAUAAAUUAUUACUAUAUGUAAAUCGUGUGUGUUACUUUUGCAUUACAUAAAAAUACAGUAUUUUAAUUUUGAGAUGUCACCUCUUAAUAUUUAUAAUGCACUUACACUUACGGCCUGAUGCAGGAGAAUCUUGCACCCUCUAUAUUCAUUCUUAGUGACUGAAAAUGGCUGUUGUAGGAUGCUUGUAACAGCUGCAGGAUCAGGCCUCAGGUCUUCUGUAAUAUAAUUGUAAUUGAGACAGUUUCACCCAUCUCAGGUGCAUAACAAGGCUAAAGGCAGGGUAUUUCAAGAAGUCAAGCAGGAUAAUUGCUUUCAUCACUGCAAACUGAAACAAUAUUACAUGUAUAAAAAUGGUAUUUAUAAAUUGAAACUUUUUUUUUUUAAUUGGGGAUAUAAUGUAGAAUGUGAAAUAGUGACUACUGUGAGAUGAAAUUUUAAUUCUAUUUGAAAUGGUCAUGCAAUUUUAUUUUUUUAAAAAAUUAUAAAGGGAAAAAUACCACAAGGAUUUCAUCACAAAAAAAGUUUGUCGUAGUGGAAAAAAAUGAUUUUGUAUGCAAACCGGGACCUUUGCUGCCUCAAGCCUUUUUGAUGCAAAUAUGGUUUGUGUUAGAACAAUGCUGAAAAGACAGAUUAGUGCUUUAAAUAUAUACGUAGGUAGAACUUAAAUAAGAUUUCAUUUAAAGUAGAAACAUGAGAUAAUAGAACAUUAACCAUUCUGUGCAUGAUUGAACAAACCACAAAAUUGCAUCCGUUUAGUUCUGUGUCAGCUAGGCUGUUCUUAAGUUAGCAUUCUAAAUAGUUGGCAUUCAGGAUUCAAGAUGCCCCAAAUUUAAGUAGCAUUAAAAUUGAGUAAUUUAAGGUGAUGAUAGGCUUAACACUGUUACAGUGUAUCCCAUCUGUAGCUUUUGUGCUUCAACUGCUAUUAACAUUAGUCAGUUUUAUCUUGAAUUCCUCAUAAGACUUGUAGUGGUUUUGAUCAGAAUUGAGAUACUGUCAGCAGUAAGUUAAAAGCCAAUGCCAAAAAUCCAAAUUUUUUGAACAAGUGGUAUCUAAUUUUCUCUUUCACUCUUUGCCUCUUGUCAAAUUUUUCAAGACAUUUCUACGCCACCUGGUUGGUGUAGCUCUUAACAAAAAUCUUCAGAAAACUUUUAAUAUGAACAUUGCUGUUCUUUUCAAGGUGAAAUAGACCUCAAUUUGUUUUGGACUCAGGACUUUCUGCUGGAGUAUAAUACAGAACCCCAUCCUUGUGUUUAAAAUAGAAGACUGUCUUUCUCACAAAUGAGGUGAUACAUUUUUGUGAUGUUUUCUAACAGAUAAUGUAGAAUAGAAUAUUCUGGAGGUACACCAUUUUACCUGGGAUAGUCAAUUAAUACCAGCCUGCAUCUCCUUUGUCUAAGAAUUUAAAGGUAAACCUAAUCCCUAUAAGUAAAUUUUGGUUGUAACUGAGGUAAACUAGAGAACAUGAGGCAAAACAAUAAAUAAUUGUAUGCAUAUCAAACACCAGAAUGUAUUUGAAAUCUGUAGUGACUUCUUUAGGUAAUCUAGGAGGUACUUCUUUUUAAUUGGGAAGUUUCUCUUAAUAUCCUCAUAACUAACCUACCUUUGUAGCAAAGACAGACGAGAUAAACUUUCCAAGUGUAAGGGUAGUGAAACACUAAAAAUAUGCUUCCCAUGGGAGUUGUUACAUUUCCAUUACAGAAGUUGUAAGAAGAAAGUUAGGAAACAUAAGGGGAUGGACUUCAGUGUAUUUCACAUUGCCUUUGUGUAGAGAGAUGCUUACGUGACCUUCUGAAAUUCCUUCCCAAAGCAUUUCUCUGAUUCUUUAUCUAAAAAGCUUCGUAUCCAUUAAGAGACUUUUAGAAUAUUUAAGGACAUACAUGAUGUUUGAUUCAUAUUAGUGAUUAGGAUACAAAGUUAGAUUUUAUGCUUAACUAUAAAAAUGAAUCCUGGAAGUAUAAAAUCAGGAAAAAAAAAAAAAAAAAAGGAAAAUGGCUGUAUUAAGUAUAUCUAGUCUUGUAUUUUAUUAACAGUGUCUGGAUUAAUGGUUGCCAGAUUUGGUUUAUGCUGCUAAAGUUUUCUCUUGCUCCUGGGUUUUACUUCAAUGAGGUUGGCACAGCAUGAACCAGGACAUCAUCAGUGUUGAGGCAAAACAGAGGAAAAGAAGGAGCUAAGGAAACCAAGACUCAAUGUUACUGUUAUUUGGGGAUAUACAUUUUGAUAGAACUCUAGUGAUCGGAAUGCAGACCUGCAGUUGUCCGUUAUUUAGUUUAAUAAAGCUUUGUGUUCUUUAUGUGAAAAGUGGGAACAUGUCUUUUCUGCAAAUGUUUACUUUUUACCAUGUGCAUUCAUUCUAGUUCCUUGCUGUAUGCCACAGGUGAUGUUAUUGCUAAAUUUUUAUGAGAGCUUUUCUGACUAAAUAUUGCAAACUGCAAAAGGGAACUCGCCUAUUUCUAUUUUUCAUGUACAGUCCUCUGUCAGAAUAUUUUCCUUUGAAACUUUAUAGAUAAUUCUUAAAACAGUCAGAUUUGCUAGCUUGAAAAUUGAAAGCCAAUGGCCUUGCCAUGCUUUCCUGAUAGUACUGGAAUAUUGUUUAAGCAGGAGUUGGCUUCAGAAUACAAGUAAUCAAUUGUGCUGCUUUUCAAUAAACAAUUAAUGUAAGCAACGGCACUCAUCUCACCCUUCAGUGGUCCAGACCAGCUCUUAACUGGCAGAACUGGUUGGGAGGGGUUGGGUUGAACCUGCUUAAGUAUGCUGAAUUUGCUCAGUGCAAGAUCAGACAAGCUGCCUAAAGAAGCAGAAAAGAAGAAAACAGCUAGAGCUGUUGGAAGGAGAUUGGAUUAAACCAUUACUUGCAAUUGUAAGCAAUUGCAAAUGUAAACCAGUACACCAAGUCCCAGAACAGCUGUUAACCCUUUUUGAGAUGGCAAAAAGUCAAAAACAAACCAAAGUUUUUUGCUCUUAGCUUGUUCAUUUUCAAUUCCUGGCGAGUGUCCUUACAGCGCUUUACCUUUAAAUAUAUUGUGUUCCAGGGGAGCCCCUCACCCUGGAAAUUCUGACAGUUAACACGGGAAGUAUGAUGUUUGUAGAAAAUAAUCUGUUCUUCACAGACUACCAAAUUAUUUUUUCUACCAUAUGUGAAACUAUAUAAUUUUUAAAUGUGCAAUGUUAAAUGCAAUAUUAAAUCCUUCCAGCAGAAUGAUUUACUAUAAUUAGCUGUGUUCUAGAGGAGGCUUGAAAAGGGUAGAGAUCUUGUCCGUAAUGAAGACAGUACUACUCAUAGAGAUGAUGUAGAAGAAUGCUUAGUCGUCUUUUGUUGCUAGCUGCCUCCCAGAUGUCUUCACACUUCCCAAUAAAUAGUACAAAGAACCGUAAGUGUUGCUAACAUUCCCGUGUAGACUUUCAUCUACUUACCAUAACACCACGCAAAGCACAAUCUGCCUAUCUGACAGCUUUGUUCUGGAUGAGAUGUGUGACUUGGAUGAAUCGAAAGUGAGGUGUCCAUUCAUAUGAAGCACGACUUCCUUCCCAUGCUUAGAUCUUUGAGGAUUUUCUUAACAUCAUCACGCAAAUGUGUUCACUCGCUGCUACCACAGCCACCUCCUUUGCACUUUUAAGUAUCACCAAAAGAGAUGUCCCCACUUUUUCCAUUUUUAAUCACAUAUAGAAAUGUCAUUCUUGCUUUAUAGUUUACUAUAUGCAGAGUAACAGAUUUUAUCUGUAAAACAUGUUUUAGAGAAUGUUAAUGUAGAUAAGGUUGAGUUUUUAGUCUGAAUGUAAGUUGGUUGUGUGUUGUAUUUCGCUACAUAUUGGAAGUGCAAGGGGAUUUGGUGUGGUGCUGAAGAGCUUAAGAGUUCACAACAGUCAUGUAGGUGUUAGUAAAUGUGUGAUGCCCGGAUCAAUACCAAGUAUGUGUUUAAUAUCUACAUUUUCUGCCGUCAACUUUCAGAUGACCGGAUGUGCAGUUUGUCCAUUCUAAGACUGGGUAAUGCCUCUCCGGCCUUAUUUUGCAAGUUAUCUGCUCCCUAGGAAAUUUCCACAUAGUUGGAUGUUCUUGUGUUUACAGAUUUCUGCCACUUCCGAGAGCCAAGGAAAUUACUCUAAUUUUGUUGGUGGUGAAAGCAUUCUUCUUCUUGAGUGGCCAUGGAACUGCAGUUAAGAUAAGAAGGUGUAGGGGGAGCUUGUUCACUCAGUGAAAUGCACUUCCAUCCAAAGUUAUUAGCUCAAGACAUACAUACAAACUGAGCAUCUCCUGGGCCCUGCUGCUUGGUGGGAAUUCAGAUGUGUAAAGCUCGAGCUGGCUCUCUGCAAGGAAAUAAGUUGUUGUCCUCUGAGAUCAAAUACAUUUUUCCCACCUAUGAAUGUUGUUUCUCUUUGAUGAACUCAGCCCACAAUUAUCUUUCCUUCAGUUUUGUUGUUUGCUUCUGCCUGAGAUGCAUUACUGUUCUUAUCUCUGUAACUAAUUAUUUCUUCAAUUAUUCUGAUGUAUUUUGCUUCACAGUAUCCUAAUUCUGAAAUUAGUCUUGCGAUGCAUAACUUAUUACUGGUGGUGUUAUAUAAAAUUUCCUCCUGAUUGCA